CCAUCGUCGCGACUCGGGGUGAUCCGUACUCUCAAUUGUGCGAAGUAGAAUUACACAUGAGCUCCAAAGCCAUGCGACCCUUCCCGACUUGAGCUUCUAAGCGACAAGCCCCGCGCCGACCCCAUGUCUCGCAAUGCCUCCGCCGGCCCACGAAGAGGACUACAAUGGUCGCGCCUGCGCCAUGGCGAGUCCAGUGCCUCGAGUCCUGAUCGAUCCUCGGUAGAUUCGCCCUCCUCGAUACGCAGCGUGUCGACGCACUCCACUAUCAAAGAGGCGCGUCCGCUGCCAAGGGAGCGAUAUUGUACGAUAAGCGUCAAUGAUGGCUAUUCCAAGGAUGAGGUCGUCCUCAACUUCGACCGGCUGGGCACCUUUGUCCGACCCGAAUCGCUUAUGGCAAUCACGGCAAUCAGAGACGAGUCAUCAAAAUCAAAGACUUUGUAUGGGAGUCUGAGCAAAGCGCCAAGCAGUCGCGGCAACAGCAAGUUCUCUUUGCUAGACCAGGACUACAUCAGCAGUCGCUAUGUCUUUAUCGCGAAGGAUAUGUCCAAGGAUAUGAAGAGCAAGCAGCCAGAGGUGGAUAUAUGUGUGGCAAGGCACAUUGCCGAUGCAUUCGGGAUGAAAAAGGGUGCCCAGGUCAUCCUCUCGCCAAUCGACGAUUAUAACCCGGCAAUCGAGGCAACCCACGUCGAACUUCUCUUCAAAGACCAGUAUCUCUCACGGGCAGACUUGUGGAGGCUGACUGUCGGCGAGCUCACACAGCGUACAAUCUACAAGGGGCAGUCCGUUCUGUUCAUGGGCACUAUCAAGGCUCAGGUCACGGCGGUAUUUGUCAGAGGUCGACGCGUUCACUCCGGGUUCUUUACGAGAGACACCCGGCCGAUAUUCCGGAGUGAAUCAGCGAGAUAUGUCCUCUUCAUCCAAAUGUCCAGGGAGAUGUGGGACUUUGACUCGGAGAACUCUGGCGAGAUCAUGUUCAACAAGGUUGUGAACGGUUUCCUGCCGGCACUGUUCAAAAGAUGGGCCUCGCUCAAGGUGAAGCACCUCGUCAGCAUCGUCAUGUUUGCGCGUGUGGAGUACGACACCGGCCUUACAACGGACUUCGCGGCAGAGGGACUGAAUGACGACUACUACACUGGCAUUCAACCUUCAGGGAGUAAACGGCCUUACAAGGACUUUUAUCGCGUAGUUGUGAGUGACAUGGCCAGUGGCGAGUGGACGACGAUUCUGCAUCAACUCAAGAAGGAAUUCAACUCAUUUCGGAGAGACUUCAGUUUGCACCAUCAAAGAGCGCAAUCCAACACGAACCACAAUGAUGGCGAUGGGGAGACACUGGAGGACCUCCCCUCGAAUUUUAUCAAAGCAGAACCGACCCUCUCCAUGUACGGCAAUGUUCUGGAGGCCAUCCACCUUGCCUCCUCUCAAUUUGCCCAUGAUUACAUUGACAGGGACUUGACGAGGACGGGUAUCUCCAUCAUUGUGAUCAGCCCAGGACCAGGUGUCUACGAAGUCGACUAUGAAACCCUCAGAAGGACAACCGAGGCACUGGUAGGCAAUGGUAUUGGCAUUGACCUGAUAUGUUUGCCACGGAUGCCACUUCACUCAGUGCCGCUGUUCAAAUAUCGCAAUCCAAACCUGGACGACAAGAAUGCCGAUCGCCAGAACGCUCUAUCUCGAUCAUACCACAGUCGUGAUAGCACGCCGGCGUUCCAGACUCCUAUUGCUGGGAGUUACCAGUCAGGGUCGUUUUCCCCAUCAAAGUCAUCGAGCCCAGCGCGCCAUCACUAUGCGCCUUCGGCAAUGAAACAAGAUGAGUGGUGCUAUGCGUUACCCCAGUGGCUGCAUGUGUCUUUCUGGACAGGGGCGUCCGACGAGGCGCUCUCGUACGAAGGGAUCGCGCUGUCGGUUUCCAAUAAAGUCGAAAAGGACAAGGAAGACGAGUACACAAUGAGGUGUCGCAUGUACGACUUGCAAAUGAGAAGUGUUCUCGAGACUAAUGAGAUUGAGACACAAUCUCUCCAGUCAGACCCUGCGUUUCCGUCGGCAGCGCUGGAGCCAACCUCGCCGAAGAUGCGGCGAAACAGCAGCAUUGACGACGUUAUAUACGUGCCGAAUAAGCGUAUACCGGACGGGCUGUUUGAUCAUGUCUACGGAUUCCAAAAGUUUCACCCAGAGAAGCACGACCGGCCAGGUGAAAAGUCUUUGUGGAAGCAGCUGAAGGAGUACGACGACACUCGGGCCAAGCUUCCGCGGCGUAAGAGAACCAUGCAUUCAUCGAGACACGCGCAUGAAUUAGACGAUGAUACGAGGCGACAGUUGAACAAUGACGCCAAGCUGUUUGGCACAUCUCUACCUGACGCGAAGAUGAAAGGGCUCAAGAACUCGACAAGGAAGCUUUCCAUGAAUUUGACAGAGUUGGAAAAGCCAGUGCGCCCGAUGCCACCGCCCCCGAAAACUAGCAAGAUCGCAGAAACGGCGACUAGCUCCGCUGCGGGCACAAGCUCUGCGAAGCCGCCCAAAUUCAUGAGACAAUUCAGCCUCAGUCAGCGUGGUUUUGGGUUGGCUGCGCCAAAGGCUAUUGAGACAAAGGUGUCGACCGAGACGGUGGCACCGGCACAGUUGACAACAGAGACCAAGUCUAACAGUCUUGCUCUGGCAAACUUCCGGCCGUCGUCACCGAAAACAAUCGCGAGUCGGUCGUCUUCUGUGUCAACCCGGCGGCCGAUGACAGGAGUGGCCGAAGAAAGCUCCAAGGAUAUCGCAACGACCCCCAGUAUACCUAUUGUCAAGGGGUCAGCGAAUACCAGACCUGAAAUGAGCGAAACCCAGUCCAAAAUCGCGGCACGACCAGCCUCGAUAUUGAGCUCACGUCGAGAUGGGUAUGGCGAGGACCGUGACGUACAACACUCGAAUGCUCUGAGGGCGGAGGAUGCACACAAGGUGUAUACCCACAAGCUACGAGCUGGGGCUGUCCCCGAACAAACGUUUGAGUUGUCUCCAACGACAGCUGUCACGCCGUGGCUGACGCUGCUGAAUCCUUCAAACCCGGACAGACACCGCAUCGACGACGCAGUGCUCUACAGUCGGUGGCAGCAUGUAUUCCCAGAAACUUCUGAGAUGAAGGUUCAGAAAUGGAAAGCAUUGUGCUGUCCUGCGGCUGUACCCUUGACGACAGAGUAUUUCCCUUCCAAGGCGCAAUUUGACUCAGAAUACCAGCGUCACCCAUAUAACGUCGAUCAGAACCCAGACGAUGAGAUGGCGGAGGAACCGAAAACGCGACAAGAUUUUAUGAAAGAGCUGAUCGCAUUGCGUUUCUCGCAAGGCUUUCAGGUAGUCAUCGGCCCAGCUGUGGCGCGUGCCUUGGGGCAAAAGGUCAUCAAACUUGCCGACAUCUUCUCUCGGGACCAACCGCUGGAGGAUGGGACGAGCGUCUACAUGUCUGUUGGCAACACGAUUCAUGAACUCUCCUGCGUGAACGAGACGGAAGUUGAGAUCAACAUCUACGUGCGAAAACCGCCAAAGGCUUCCGCCGCUUCGCAAGGGUUCUCCCAGAUUUACAAGCCUGCGAUCCGCACCCUGCUCGACGACUCGUACCGGACGCAGCAGAUUGAUAUUCUCACGCCAAACCCAGAACGCAACUGGAACACCAUCGAUUCGUAUCUUGCGGGUCAUCAUGAUGAAAUGAUGGAGAGCUUGCGGUUUUGGAGGGCACGCUUCGUCCUCAUUCCACUCCUGAACAAGCAGAUCUCCAAUACAAACCCCAAGUUUGGCGACAAUCCCGAGGAAGUACGCAUCGAAGGGAUCAAUCGCCUCGCACAGCUGUGGCAGAAGCAUCGCUACAUCCCACCGUCAGAACGUCGCUUUCUGUCUGUUGGUAGCGGCAACAAGCGGCGCACGGAGUCAAGUCCGCUCAACAUCGUGUACAAGACUGAUGACCCGUCCGUAGUCGUUAACGCUGAACUUGAGACCCUCCGGUUUACAGAAGGCUUGGAGGCGGGAGCCCGGAGAAAACAGCUUGUCUCGAGCAAGGAAAAGUUCCAGAAAUCCAAGCUCAACCUCGCUGCCCUGGCCGAGGCGAUGCAGCAACCCGUCGAGAAUGGGGGUGUGCCUCUCAAGAAUCGAAGAUGGCAUCUGCGCUUGCACCAUAGUUCUUUCAUUGGAUCUGACAUGACCACAUGGCUCUUGGACAAUUUCGAGGACCUCAACAGCCGCGAAGAUGCAGAGGCAUUGGGAAAUGCGCUCAUGGUGCCUGACGAAAGCAAGACGAAGGACAAGGACGGCGGCGAUCACAAGGCUGAUAACAAGAUCAAGGGCCUCUUCGUGCACGUUGAGAAGCGACAUCAGUUCCGCGACGGCAAUUACUUCUACCAAUUCGCCAGCGAGGUAUCCAAACCACAGCCUGGUUGGUUCAACAAACGCCGCGACAAUUCUGUUCCCCCAACGCCGAUGGUGGACGGUCCAGCCCGCGACUCUCCUCGCCUAGGCACCAGGCCAACGCUAAGCGAGGGCUCUCCGACGUCCUCGUCUACGACGCCAACUAUGCCUGGCGGGCAAUACCGCACCAAACGAGCGCGUGUUGACCUAAGCAAGAUGAUCAGGUAUGAUGUUGAUCAUCGAAAGAGGUCGUACCGGCCUGAGCAGAUCAACCUACACUAUGACCGUCUCCAUAACCCCGACAACUGCUACCACAUCCGGAUCGACUGGAUGAACGCUACAUCGAAGCUGGUCGAGGAUGCAGUCGAAUCCUGGGCCAGAGAAGCAAGCCAGUAUGGACUUCGACUAGUGGAAGUGCCCAUCAGAGAAGCGUCUACAAUCACAGACACCAAUCCCUUUCGAAAGCCGUACCUGAUCAAGCUUGCAGCGCCACCCCCUGAUGUCCACACGGAACGAUCCAGUGCGUCUUCAGACUCGCCCGUUCAGCCACCGUCGUUUGGCAAGAAUCACUAUCAAACGGCGCUGCUCAAGAAAUUCGAUUUCGUAUUGGACUUUGAAGCGGCGUCGGCAUUCCCCUCCAAUGUCGACGUGCGCUACUCCUGGGGCAAGCCGGACUACAAGUAUCCCCAGUACAUCCAUCGCUCCGGCGGACUUAUUGCUCAGAUUAAUGAUGAUGGCGAUAUCCUCCUGCUAGCCAACCGUCUGUACAACAACCGCGCCUUCAAUCUCCGCGAGCAGAUGCGCACCAACCCGGAUCGAUCGGAGCAUCAACAGGCACACAUUGGCACCAGCGGGCGCGUUAUAUCCACGGGCGGACCCAGCAGUGCCUACAACAUCCCCGAGCCGACACCGAUACCCUCACCCAUGGUCAAGCCGGCAUUCUACCACCAGUCGCCCGCGCUCAAGCCUGUACCGAAUAACAGUAUGCCCGCCCCCAUCAUCUCGGAGCCAGAGACGAUCAAGGAGGAAUUCGAGUCCUUCUGCUACAACGCCCCGGCGCUGGAGGAGUUGUGGAGAGAGGUCACCGAAAGAGGACACGCCGUGCCGAGCACACCAUCCACAAUUGGGCCGCUGUCCAACCUAGAGGCUGUGCCGGAGGCGAGCAUCCCGACGCUAGGAUUGCCGCCUGGCGUGCUGGGCGGUGAUGGAGCCAGCUAUCCUGGUGGAGGUGGUGCGAGUAUGAGAAUGGGCAGUCCAAUGUCACUCCUUAGAAGGGGCAGCGUUCAGCUCGAAGGACUGGGCUUGAGCACCAGUUCCAAGGCGAAGAAGGGUGAGUAGGCAUUCGGUAUGGAACAUUGUCCAUGCCGCCGAGGUUGCAUGUUGUAUGAUCUAGCCAUCUAGCAAGUCUGGUCUAUGAAUGCCGCGUGGGCGUUCCCUCGCGCCCAUUCUGUCUGCAGCAAAGU